AUGGGGAAUGACCUGUGGAGGGCGGUAAAAUAUCGCAUCGAAGCAGCAGGUUUUAAGUGGGAGAAUUUCGCGUCACUAGCGACUGAUAGAGCUCCUUCAAUAGUUGGUCGCGAUCUAGGCCUGGUAGCCCGUCUUAAAGGAACGGUUGCAGAGGAAGGCGUGCCCACGAACCUUCCAGCAAUUCACUGUAUCCUACAUUACGAGGCAUUGUGCUGCUGCGUAGUUAAGUUUAAGCACGUCAUGGACGUUGUCGUCAAGACCGUUAACUUCAUUCGGUCGAGAGGCUUGAAUCAUCGUCUGUUUGCCGAUUUCCUUCAGAACUUGGAUGCCACGUACAAAGACCUGCCUUAUCACACACAGGUCAGAUGGUUCAGCAGGGGGAAAGUACUUCAACGUUUCUUCGACCUUCGAGAUGAAAUCAAGGAAUUUCUUCACAACAAGGGGAAAGAAUUCCUUGAAAUGGCCAACCCCGAAUGGUUGCGUGACCUGGCGUUUUUCGUCGAUAACUAA